AGCCGCAGCAGAGGGAUGAAAGAGCCACAUGUGGCUCCAGAGCCGCAGGUUGCUGACCCCUGUGUUAUACCAUAGAAAUUAGUGUUGAUUCCACUAACUAGUUUGUCUUAUUCCAUCCUAGCUCUCUUCUUUCUUAACACGGCUCUUAAUUUUCUAUUUUUAUUCUGAGCCAGUUAAGGACCUUCCUUCUCUAUUACAGCAAUGCACAAAAAGGGAGAAGCUUUUUGUGAGAGAAAGCAAUAGAGAAACUGAUAGAAAGCUGAAGAAAGAGCAUGGGAGUUAGAUGGGUGGAAGACAGGAUGGUUUAAGUACACAGUGUCAUUCUUCAUUAGCUAACAGUCCAGUAGUUCUUGCUGAGAAUAUUAGCAUUUGAGUGUGAAGCAGUGAGUCAGACACAUUCCUCCAUCAUAAAGGGGAAUGCUAUUUUUGAAUAGGGGACAGUUGGGCAGCAGAAGAGAUGAGGAAGAAAUCUGUUGGAUUGCUCUGAGGAGUGAUUUGCAUUAAUGGGCUAGCAGAUGAAUACUGGAAUAGAAAGAAGUUGAAGAUUCACAGAUGCACAGAGACCCAAUCUUUGGAAGUUGAAAACAGAAGAAACCAUGCUCUUUCAUUCAUAAAAUGCAACGGAUGUACUUCUUUGAGUCAUCGCCUUUCUCUAAGGAAUGGUAAGAAGCAUCGCUGAGCAUGACAUAUGAAGAAGACAGUUGCCAUCAUUUCUUAUGAAGAAUAGGUUUCUUUUCUCAUAUCCAACCUAUUUUGGUUUCUUCCCCAUCCUUUCCCAGCCCUCCUUAUUGAUCUUAAUUGCCAGACUUGGGAGGCACAGAAUGUGCCUAUGAUAGUUUUCUGUAGAAUUGGAGUGAAUUUUGGCUAUUCAGUGAUGGCGGAACUCAUUGAAGAACCAUUCUGGGGCAAUUUCUCAGAUGAAGAAAUUGACUUUGAGGAACAGAAUUCUCUCACGGGAGUUUUAGGAGCAAUCCUCCUCCUGAUGUGCUUCAUUGGGAUGACAGGAAAUAUCUAUACACUGGUGGUGGUGUUUGGCAGCAUGGCAAUUCGUUCAGCAAGCUGUUUGUGUGUGUAUGUUAUUAACCUGGCCUUGGCAGACUUACUCUACCUUUCCACCAUCCCCUUUGUGGUUUGUACCUAUUUUGCCCAGGAUUGGUUCUUUGGAGAUGCAGGAUGCAGAUUUUUGCUUAGCUUGGACUUGCUCACAAUGCACGCUAGCAUCUUUCUGCUGACAGCCAUGAGCUUGGAGCGUUAUUGGGCAGUGACCAGACCACUAAAGGUUAGGAUUGUUGGGAACAGUUAUCAUAAGGUUGCCAGCCUUGCCGUGUGGCUUCUGUCAUUGUUGCUUACAAUACCAAUGAUGGUCAUGAUCCAGCAGCGGGAAGGUGGAAGCCAUAAACAUAUUUGCUUUCCCACAUGGACACCUGAUGCCUUCCGAGUUUACCUCACAGUUCUCUUUGGCACUAGCAUCCUAACACCUGGCCUUGUCCUAGCCAUAUUGUACUCACAUCUUGCAUGGAGCUAUUGGAUUUCUACAAAAACUAUGCAGCCACAGGUGAUGGGCAGAAUGUUGAAACAGAAGCUGUUCACCAGGAUCUUCAGCAUCAUUGUGGCUUAUUGGGCUUGCUUUGUACCAUUCUGGGCCUGGCAGUUAGCCAAAUUGUACUGGUCAAUGGACUUGGAGAUUGGCCCUACUGCUCAGGCUUACCUCAACUUUGGUGUUACCUGCUUGACCUAUAGCAACAGUUGCAUCAACCCAUUCCUUUAUACUCUGCUAACAAAAAAUUACCGUGAGUACAUGUCAACUCAGUGUGAAGAAAGACAAGGCAGACAGUAUGCCUUCUUCAGAAGCCAGAGAAAUGCAAAACCUCAAGCAGAACUUGUAUCUGCAGCACAGGGAGUUGACCAGAUUGAAGAAACAGAAGAUAUCCAUUAAUAAUUAAUGUCAAAGAUGUCAUUGUUCCUGAAGGUUCAUCCUACUCCCUUAAUCCAAGAACUUCAACUUUUUGGGCUCCAUGGGCACACUGAGAAUUUUGGUAGCACAUGAUAGGAUCUUAUGCAAACUAGUGAGAAUAUUCCUGCUGACGUCUCUCAACCUUAAGAUCCUCUCAGUCUACAUUUUCCUUACUCUGAGCUGUCAAGCAGACUUCCAAAUGAAGCAUAGCUGCAGCCACUUCACAUUUUUAUUUUCUAGGAUUGCUGGUGGAGAUUAUGAAGGCUUAGAGGUAUUAUUCAGAAGGAAAAAUAGUGCUAAAGAGUGGGAUAUUACUUUGAGGCCUAGCAAAUUAUGAUUUGAUUAUUCUUCAGAACCAAUUGGGAAAGGUAAUCAGUAUUAAAGGAUAUAUCCAUGAUAAAUGGGUAACAGAAGGCAUCUUGCUGCAGAUGCUAGAUAAAGAUGUGCAAAAUAUAAUAUGUUUUGCUGUCAAUGAUUCAGUCAGGUAGCCAAAGGGGAUGAAUCGUCCUGGCACCUAUUGAUCAUUUUAGGCUGAUGUGGACACAAUCUUCCCUUCUGGUCUCUGGGCAUCUCCUUCCAGGAUCAUUUUCUUUCAGGGACACAGAGAAUCUACCUUUUUUUCAAAUCAGGCUUUCCUGCCACCUGGCAGAAAUUGCAGAUCACUUCCUGGGCAGGCUCAAGAUGCCACACUUAUGAAAAAUUAUCCUGCUGAACUUGGGGAGGUUUUAUGAUUUUUAAGGGUGGCUUUAUCUGCAAAUUGGAUGCUUUUUCAAAACUCUAUACCUGCACCUGCACAUUGAGAAAAGGGUAGCUGAACCAUUGGGAGGAGAAGGCUUAGAAAAGAAUACUCACUCUUGAGAAAGAAACUCAAAAUAACCCUGCCUUGAUUUUGUUUGGCAUAAGAUACAGUAAACAAUAAUAGACAGGUGUAGUUUCAAGAUACUGCUAUUAUAUCCUAGAACAGGGGUCUGCAAACU